GACCCGGCGCUCCCGGCCAACCCAAUCCAAAUCUACCUCCGCAAGCGACCCACCCAGGCCCAGCCGAUCUCUCUCUUCUCUCUCACACACCUGCGCUGCAUCUUCCACCCGCGACCAACCCGCCGCCAACCCGCGACAACGAUCCGCCCGCCGCCGCCUCCUCGUCGGGAAGCCCUAGCUAGCGAGGUCCCUGCCCGGCAUGGCCUACGUGGACCACGCCUUCUCCAUCACCGACGAGGACGACCUCGUCGGCGGGGCCAUCGGCGGCCCGCGCGGCGCCCCCGUCAAGGAGAUCGCCUUCGCCGCCGCCCUCCUCGCCUUCGGGGCCCUCGGCGUCAUCGCCGGCCUCCUCAUGGCCGCCAACCAAGUCGGCGGGGACAGCGCGCACGGAAUCUUCUUCAUGAUUUUGGGCAUUGUAAUGUUCAUCCCUGGGUUCUACUACACAAGAAUCGCCUACUACGCUUACAAGGGAUACAAGGGCUUCUCUUUUUCAAAUAUCCCACCAAUCUAAUAAGAUGUGUAUUACCACACUUCGUCUGGGCCCUGUUGCCCAAUGGCUCUACUGAUACAGCAAGCAGCCUUGUUAUCUUCGUUGUAUACGUUUGUUCUGCUAUGUAGAAUGAACUUACUAUUAGAUAUGUGCAUAUAAAUGCUACCGUAAUGACGCAUUAUGGUAUAGUGGGCUGAAAUGGUUGUGACUGUGAUUGUGGAGUGUUGCUGUCAAGGAGAUGUGUUGUAAGUGCCGACACUUUGCUGAUUGUCCAAAUGUCUGAUAUAAUGUCCCCCGUUGCUA